GAUUUAGGAGUGAUUUCAGCGGAAAUGUCUAAAGGAAACUAAGAUGGCGUCUUUGCAGUCAUUUGAUAAUUUCGGGUUCUUUUCAUCUUGUGGACGUAAUAUUCUUGUGGGAAUCUCCAUUGGCUUGGGAAUUGGGAUAGGGAUAGGUGCUGGAAUGGCUGCUUCAAGGAAAUGGCUUGCUGUGAGAAAGGAAGAACAAAAUAUUGUCGUUCAGCUCACUGAGUUGAGGGACGAAAUAAGAGAACUUCGUUGUACAGUGGUUAGACUUGAAGUAACCCUCACUGAAGGCAAAAAUAAACGAAAUGUACCACUGAAGAAUGAACCAUCUCGAGUGACUGUACAAAGUGAUGAGGAGACGGAAGACGAAUUUUUUGAAAUGUCCGGGGAAGAACUUUCCUCCAGUGCUUUGGACUUUGACCAUCUUAAAGCUAUCAUUGAUGAAGUAGACCAGCUACACUCCAAUAAUGAGACUGCAGCCAAGCAAAAAAUUCAUGGACUUCUACAUGAGUGUUUACAGAAACAUGAACACUGUGAAGUUAGCUGGAGAUAUGCAAGAUCUUGCUACGAUAUUGCAACAAUGAAAGGAAAAAGUGGAGAUGCUGAUGGGAAAAAAAACAUGUUAUAUGAAGGCAUUGCAGAGGCAAAGAAAGCAAUUCAAAUGGACAAAAAAAAUCCAAAUGCUCACAAAUGGUAUGCAAUAAUUCUUGGAAGCACAACAGAAUAUAAAAGUUUACAAGAUCAGAUUUUGCUGGGCUAUGAAUACAAGGAACAUAUUCAAGAAGCUAUUAAACUCAACAGGGAUGAUCCUGCUAACUAUCAUCUAUUUGGAAGAUGGUGUUUUGAGAUUUCUAUGUUGUCUUGGUGGCAGAGGAAAGCUGCCUCAGCAUUUGUAGCUGAACCUCCGUCAUCAUCUAUUGACGAGGCUCUUCAAAACUUUCUUAAGGCUGAAGAUCUCCAGCCGGGAUUUUGGCUGACAAAUUCGUUUUGGAUCGGAAAGUGUUACAAACAAAAUGGAGAUGUACCAAAGGCGAAAGAAUGGUUGAAGAAAGCUCUCUCGCUUCCAGUCUCCAAUGAUGACGACAAAGAAUCAAGCGAACAAGCUCAGAAACUGCUAGAGUCCUUAUAACGAAAGAUGUCUUCGACUGCGGCAUGUGCUAUCCCUUGAUAGGUCAAUGUGACAUGUCGGUAAAAUCGUUUUUUUUUUUUUUUGAGAGCAAAAGUUGCAAGCUCUCUCUAUUUUUGAUACGGUUUAUUUUUUAUUUUUAUUUGAUAUUCUGUUUUAAGAGCAAAAGGAAAAUUUAUAAAUGCUAAUUUUCCGUAGAUUAUAUGUAUGAACUGAUAGUAAGCAACGUCAUUUGUAUUCUGAUAGAAUAUUCUGUCUUUAAAAGACAGUGAGAGCAUUAUUAAUUUCCUUUAAUUAAAUCACAGAGUUGAUCUCUGAGAGAAAUAAAUGAAUCGGACGAUACUGA